AUGGUUUGGUUCGAGAGUUUUCUAGUUGUUUUAGUGGUGGUACUUAGUUUGCGCUAUUGGGGAAAGAAAAAAUGGAAAAACUCACCUCCAGGUCCUUUCAGAUUGCCCAUUGUGGGGAACAUUUUACAACUUGAUAGUAUGCCAUUUCGAAGCUAUGGUAAAUGGGCAGACAAAUACGGUCCAAUUUGUCGGGUAGAUUUAGCCAAUACAAGAUCCGUGAUAAUAUCCGAUUUCAAAAUGCUGAAGGAAAUUUACUCCCUUCCUGCGGCAACAGGGCGGAUGCAUUUUAGUCGUCUUCUUGAUAUCGUCCCUGGUGGCGACAGAUCACACGGCAUUGCCUUUAACGAAGGUCCAGACUGGGAAGAGUUGCGCCAUUUCACGGCCCGUCAAAUCCGACAAGAGGGAUUAGCCAGGGACAAGACGGAGGACAUGAUAAUGCAAGAAGUUAUGCACUUUAUCGAUUCCCUCGUCUCCAAUGGGGGCGCACCGGUCACCAACGUGAAAGGAAGACUACUUCUUAUGACAGCCUGCAUUGUGUCUGGAUUCACGUCGGGGAGUCGUCGACGAGAAGUUGGGUUGGGUAUUAUCGAAAUUAUGCAAUAUGUGCAGAAGUGA